AUCUACAACUUGUAUGCAAUUUCAUGCCAUUCAGGUAUCAUGGGAGGAGGACACUAUGUGACCUAUGCCAAAAACCCCAACAACAAAUGGUACUGUUACAACGACAGCAGCUGUAAGGAAGUGCACUCGGAGGAGAUGGACACGGACUCCGCCUACAUCCUGUUCUAUGAGCAGCAGGCGGUGGACUUCUCUCAGUUCCUGCCAAAGACUGACGGCAAGAAGAUGGCCGACACCACUAGCAUGGACGAGGACUUUGAGUCUGACUACAAGAAGUACUGUGUCCUUCAGUGAUUUCACGAUCACACAGUCUUCCACCGACCUAGCGGUCAACCGUCAACCGUCAGCAUUAUGCCUGGAACUCCUGGACAGACGGAAAGGGCACAGUGCUUCUUCAGCCGGUCUCAACUGGGCUCCCAGGAAGCACAAAAUGGUGUCUUUUGGCCGAGUCAUCACAAACUGAACCACUUGAUUGCCGGAGCGGUUGUCAUGUUUUCGGAUACCGCAAGAUACCCCCUUGUUGUUCUGUCAAGAGAACAACAUUGAAGACCCAUUUUUUUUUUUUUAAAGCACUAAGCUGUUGCACAUUGAGCCUGAGGAAACUCUCCUGUGUGUGUGUGUGUGUGUGUGUGUGUGUGUGUGUGUGUGUGUGUGUGUGUGUGUGUGUGUGUGUGUGUGUGUGUGUGUGUGUGUGUGUGUGUGUGUGUGUGUGUGUGUGUGUUAUAUUGUCAGCACAUGAGCUGAUAUUGCUUCCUUGUUGCGUAUAUUUGUCCCCUGCAGCCAUCAAAACGUGUCCACAUACCUACAUAAUGUCUGUCUCUAUAACUCACUAUAGUGAAACGGUAGAGAUUAUACUAAUAUUAUUUUAGCGAUUAAAAGGGGUUCUCCAAAGGUUUUAUUUUCCUUCUUCAGUAAUGAUACUGUCAUUUAAAAAAAGAAACCUCCUAAUUCUACCUCACUGCAUUUCAUUGGCCAAUUGGAACGGCCAAAUAUUUUUGACAGUAUUAAAACCUCACCCACUUCCUCCUUUUGAUGACCGCACACACACACACACACUUUGAAAAAUAAUAAUCUCCCUUUAUGAAGAAAGAUUCCACCAAAUUGAGGGGUUUGACCUUAAUUUGACCCCUUGCCAAGCAACUUCCUAAAACAAAAAAGUGCAAUUGCUGAUCAAUGUACCCACGACAUCGAAUGACUUUAGGGCGUUCACUGUAGUCAUUUUAACUCACAAGCUUGAGUUUAAAUCUUGGUUAUGUUGUGACAUAGAGGAUGUUUCAAAGAUAAUAUAUAUAUAUACAUAUAUUUAUUAAUUAAUAUAUACAUAUAUUUUUAUUGUUUUCUCUUUCUCCAAUUAUUUUCUAGAGUUAUUUUUAUCAUUGCAAUUAUUUGUAUGUACAUUUUUGUUAAUAUAAGGGUUGUUCUCAUCUCUGGUGUUUAUCUACAGUGCGUUGUAGGAGCCACUCUGAGACUGUAA